AUGUGUUAUCCUAUGGUUAUAGCACGUUUUCUAAUGGCAAAUGUAAUUGAUCAAUUACUUGGUUAUUCAGAUUUAUUUGAUUUUGAUCAAUUAUUAAUUUCAACCCAAAUUGGAUCUAUAGAAAAAACUUGUGUUAGUGAAGUCUUAAAAACAUAUAUUACAUAUCUUUUAUCUUUAUGUGAACACGGUGAUCUACAUUUACGUGGUGCAUAUGCAAAUUUACUUGUUACAUUAAUUCAAACAACAAUUCAUCUUUUAACACUAUGA